AUGGAUGAUCCUUCCCAGAAUUCAACCAAUUCCAUCAGAAAUCUUCCAAAUGCACCACCAGUAAUACCUGAAUUUGCACAAGCCAAGUCAAUUCUCCCUUCUUUGAGCAUAGAGGAAUUGCAGAAGUUAAGAGAAGAUGCACAGUCUGAAAUUGAUCAUCGGAUUCAAGAGAAAACUCGUCAGAUAGAGGCAGAAGAGGAUGUUCAGGAGCGGAAGAAAAGGAGAUUUGAGGCUCUCUACAAUGCAUGGCUGCCCAAGUUCUUAAAAUGGCAAGAACGGAAGGAUGAGGAAAAGGAUGAGAAGCAGGCUAAGACCCCAAAGUUUGGCAGUACAACAGAAAAUGAUUCCGAGGCCUCAAAAGGGUAUGAGUAUGAAGUGGAGGAAGUGGAUACCAGUGACCUAGAUUCAGAUGCUGCGAAGGACAAGCAAUGGAUGAAUACUUAUCAUGAUGAGAAGGCGAGAAGGCUAAUUGAAUAUGAACUUGCCAAUCUCAAGCUUUUUGCUCGCACCAUGAGUGAGGGUGAAUCUGUUGCAAUGAGGGUGAGCCGUCAAAUCGCUGAUCUCGAUGAUGAGUCAAGUGAGGAAGAAAGGGAAGAAGGGGAUGAGGAUAGUGAUGAUGAAUCAUCAUCCAGUGGGACUUCUCCUGCACCAUCUGACAGUGAUAGCGAGGACUAUGGUGAAGAGGGUCUGGAUACUGAUGAGGAUGAAUGGUGGUAA